AGAAAAAAGGAGGAAAUGCUAAAUUUAGUGAAAUACGUUAGUUUAUCGUUGGUGUGGGGUCACAUUUGACUUUUCAGUUGUCAUAACUUCGACUGAAUAUGACUUAUCUCAAGUUUUCAAGACGUUACUAAAGGUUUGAAGAGUUACACAGACGUCGGGCCUGUUGUCUAUCUAUCGACUGCUUUCACGAUGUCUUCAGAAGAGGAUUUCUCUCUGGUGGUGACGCCAGCUGAGAAAAGCUUGGAUGAAGUCCUGACUUCGAUCUCUUCCUACAAGAAAAAACACGAGCAGCUGCUCCAGGAGCAGAAGGACCUGAUCGCCAGCAGGGACGACCGACGGAGCCUGGCUGAGGAUUUCAGGCGGCGCAGCCAGAAACUGACCAUUAGUCUGGAGCAGGACAAGCAACGUUAUGCAGAACAGCUUGAGAGGGAAAAGGAGAAGCUGGUCGCGCUCAAGCAGGAUGAGGCCGACCUGAUCCAGCAGAUCAUGGACGUGAAGGCAGCCCUGAGAGAGGAAGACGCCCAGAUCGACCACCUGAAAGAGCAGACUGACGUGUUCGCCGCUGUACCAGAGAGGCCCGUUGUCUUCAAGGGGGCGACAGGAGGGUCAGACAACACACCGGUGUUUGACAUGGAGCCACAGAUUGUCUAUCCAAUGAUCGGUGGGACAGCUCUGAUUACAUUUGAGGAAGAAGUUGUGGCCAAGAAGAUCCUGGGCAUGAUGGAGCACCAGGUGGAUCUGGGACAGGACUGCAGAAUCACUGUGGCGGCCAAGCCAGUUCAGUUGAUGAUGCCCAGCGUGGUGGAGAUAUCUUCUGAGGUGUGUCCUCAGCGCAUAUUGAUCUCCAACCUGCCCAAGAUAGACGCGGAGCGCCUGGUGGACCAGCUGGAGAUCCACUUCUCCAAGAGCAAAAACAGAGGCGGAGAAGUGGAUUCAUGUGAUAUUAUGACCGACUCUUGGAUGGUGGUCCUCAAAUUUGUGAAUGAAAACAUUGCCAAAGGUCUGACGGAUAAAGAGUACCAUGACGUGAAUCUACAAAAGACCAAGCACAGAGUGAGAGUGACUCCUUUUGUCAACGGGAAAAUCUCAAACCUAGAGACCCGUAUGUCGGUGUGUCCUCGGACCGUGCUGCUGACGGGGAUCCCUGACGUCAUGGAUCAGGAGAACCUGCAGGACAUGCUGGAAAUCCACUUCCAAAAAAGCAGCAACGGUGGCGGAGAGAUCGAAUCCAUCCUCUACAACCCGCUGGGUCAGGAGGACUCUGCCCUGUUUAAGGCAGUUUCCCCAAAGGAGGAGGAGGAUGAAGAGGAGGAGGAGGAGGAGGAGGAGGAAGAAGAGGAAGAGGAAGAAGAGGAGGAGUAGGCCAUAUAUUUAUCCAUCAACCAAAAAACCUCUCAUGUCUGGGUUGUGAUCGUGUGCAAGAUGUUAAGACAGGAUCCAACAAUCUGUUGCAGCCUUAUAUUCUGUUAACUUUUGUGAUUUUUGUUUGACAUGUCAAGAAACUUAGUUAUAAUUUUCUAAAAUAAAUUCUCGUUGGCUGUCACGAUUGUUAGGAAUUCUGAGAAUUAUAAAACUAACAAUCGCCAUGAUAACGGAUGAAGGAAGUAUUAGCUGGGUGUUUUUCUGUUUAAUGACGUAAAGAUAUGAAUGGGUAUUAAAAUACAGUGUCAUUAAAACAA